GGUGUGUGGACUGCUGUUUUGAAGCCUCGAGUUUGGCAUUUUGGCUGUCGCCAUCUUGGAUUUUUGCAACCAGACAUGCAAAUAUGUGGACAAGAGGGUGGAGCUGUGGAGGAGCAAGGGGUGGAUCCAUGCCAAACAAACAGACGCUGGGAAAACUUAGAGGACAGGAGCGAGGAGCGUGGAUUUCUUAUGAUCUCAAAGAGACUGGAGCCUCACGUGGCGAGUGAGGCCUCAUGGUCGGAGCAUGCCAUGUGCUAGAGCGGUGAGGCAGUGGGAGAUCAGGCCCACGUCUGCUCUGCGGGGGAUCAGACGCUCCAGGGCCCUGAUGUGGCAGCGGAUACGGGGACUGGUCCGGGCCUGCCGGCACGGUGUGGGAUACCCAGUGAACUACAAUGACCAGGCCCCAGAGGAACAGGAGAUGGUGUGCCUUGAGCCCAUGGGAUCAGAGCGGAUGGAGAUGCGAAAGAGGCAGAUGUCGGUGCAGCAGGAGUCGGCAGCGGGGGGAACUGCACCGGCCCAGCAGGGCCAGCCGGGCCAGGCCAACCCACGGGGCUCAAAUGCAUGUUGCUUCUGCUGGUGCUGCUGCUGUAGCUGUUCCUGGAAUGAAGACCGGGAUGAAAGGAACCGAAAGACUUCUUAUGACGUCAAAGAAGGGACCUCAGACUGUGAAGACUGCCCUAAGCCCACGCUGGAGGAGGUGCGCUCGUGGGGCCAGUCGUUUGAUAAGCUAAUGUGUUGCCCAGCGGGGAGGAACUCCUUCCGACAGUUUCUUCGCACCGAGUUCAGCGAGGAGAACAUGCUCUUCUGGUUAGCCUGUGAGGAGUUCAGCAAAGACACCAAUAAGAGCACGGUAGAGGAGAGGGCUCGAGUCAUCUACGAGGACUACAUCUCCAUCCUCUCGCCUAAAGAGGUGAGCCUUGACUCCCGUGUGCGUGAGGCGAUCAACAGGAACAUGCAGGAACCCACCUUGCACACGUUCGACGACGCCCAGCUGCAGAUCUACACACUAAUGCAAAGAGACUCGUAUCCCCGCUACAUGAACUCCCCAGCCUACAAAAACCUGCUCAACACUCUGUCAGAGCAGUCCCCCGAAUCUUAGGGUGGUGAUGACCUGUGAUAUUUUAACUCUCUUUAUCCCCCCCUUCCUAUUCCCUUUUUUAAAUUUUUUCUUUAUAUGUUCAGUGUAGGAUUACAUGAAACCGGGCCUCGAGCCUGGCCCCUCCCAGGGAUCUCAGCGCUAUUGUGAUCUGCACCUGACUGAAGACACUCAGGUCUAAAAAAAAAAAUCUCCCGAGGGCUCGACAUCACAAGUACUGCUACAGAUCAACAUAGCAAAACACUCCAAAGGAAUAUGAAUACAUUUUAUUUCUGUUUUCUUUCUUUUGAUAGAAAUAAUCUAUUUUAUUUGUGUUCAGAGUUUUUUAUGGUCCGUUGUUUUUUUGUAUGAUUGUUUGGGGGGAAAAUGAUUCCUACUGUAGACUAUAUAUAUUUAUGAGUUUGUAAAUAGUAAAAAUGGAAUUGUGGGUAUUUUAUGUAGAAACGCCUGGUUCUAUUUACUGCGUAUGAAAAUCAAAGCUCAAGUCAAAGGCUACGUGUUAGCUCUACUUGCAGGCAGCUUUGUGGGGUACUGUAUGAUUUUACCUUGGUUUCACCCUGUUUCGUUACCUAACCUCACACUUUGGUACCUGUGACAGCGACUUGGCAACUCCAGUUCGUGUAGAAACUGUGUGUGAUUGAAACUGCUCUAAGUGUGGUUAUCAGUGAAGUGACAGAAAGUGACAAUAGCUCUUGUCACGGUGUGCAAUUUGUUUCCGUAAGAAACUCAAAUCAAUGAUGAAAGGGUAUUUUAACUUUCUUUACUGAACCACAGAUGAUUGCCUAUUUAAGACUGAUUUUUAUUUUAUUUUAUUUAAGUGUGACUCAAUGCACACCUCAUAGGUUUAAUAUAGUUUUACCAGUGUGACAAAAGAACCUAAGUAAUUCUAUUUACCAGAUAAAGUAUUUUUUUUAUUUAUUGAUAUCUAUUGCCAAUACAGAAAAAACAAUAAGUACAAAUUAUAUUUAAGUCCUACGGUGGAUUAACUAUACUGUUUGGUCACUGUCAGAGACUGUCAGAAUUUGGGUUUAUUUUAUGGGUCAGUAAUUUCCUCAUAAUUUCUGAGAAUUUUUCAAAGUAAUUUGGCACUAAUUUUGUCAGGAAAUGAGAAUAUCCUUUGAAGAAUUGCCACAGUAAAACCCAAGUAAUUAUUCAUGCAUGAUUGGAAACUUAAAGGUGCCUUAUGUAACUCUGGAGAAAGACAGUUGAUUAUUUUGUUUCAUUCCCAGAUGGUUAAAUACAGUCAAUUUGGGUUGGUAACAGUAUUUAACUCCCUGGGAAUUUGACUUAACAAUCAAUUAUCUUUCGUCAGAGUUACAUACAGCACCUUUAAAGGAAUAGCAUGGCAUUCUGAGUAACAUGCCUAAUCACUUGCUAGAGUAAAGCCCAGCUCCGACCAAAGAUUCGCAACGAAACUAAACCGUUUUAGAACAUGGCAGAGUGCAGUUGCAGUUGUGUGAACUGGCCAUCUGAGCUGAUGGUGUCACCUGCAUCUUAGCUGGUCAAGUUGCCAGCAGCUGGUUUUAGAACGUAAGGCUUGUCGCCUGUUUCUACAGCCAGUUGGCUUGUAGUGAAGUCUGCUAGUCAAGUCAAAAUGACUGCAGAUGGCGUGAUCGCUUGCUGCUCCAUCCCUGCUGAGCCUGUUUCUGUCCUUAUGUGUGCCAGUGUCGGAUGGUGGGUCGCUGCUGCUGCUCGCCGUGUAUGCUUAUGCCCCCCCCCCCACACACACACAUUCUCGUUGAAUAACUAAUUUGCGCUGCUUACUUAUAUUAUUGUGGCGUAUUUAUUAUGAAUACAGUCCAUCUGAUGCUUGUUUUGUUAAUUUUUUUUGCCGUUCCAUCACUACUACAAAUACAGCUGUAGCCAGUAUCCCACUGUCACUAUCCUCAUUCAUAUUUUAAGAAGCUACAAAUUAUAUUCAGCCACAAAAUCAGCCUGAAAAGCUGGAAAUCAAAACAGUAGUACAGAGAGUUGUUGCAUAGAGAUGAUACACCUCAUCUAGUUGCAUUGGUGUGAACCAGCAGGUAUUGCAAGUAGUUGCAUGUUUCAACUCGUCUUGUCGCGAAUCUUUGGUCUGAACUGGACAUAAGAUGGAUGGAGUUAUACCUUUCUCAUAUCUGUUUGCCAAAUCUAAAGCUUGAUUUCGCACAAAGACUGGAAACAGGGGAAACUGCUAGUCUGGCUCUGUCUGAAGGUGACAGAUUCCACCUAUCAGCAGCUCUGAAGCUCGAUAUUUAACACGUCUUGUUUUUUUAAUCCUAGCUGUUUCCCUGUUUCUAGUCUUUAUGCUAAGCUAAGCUAAACGACUGCUGGUUGCAGCUUCAUACUUAUUGUACAGACAUGAAAGUGGAAUUCCAAUGAAAGCAAUUAGGCUCAUUUUCUAUUUAUUCAACUCAUGUGUUUGCCGGGAGACAAAUUGGGCAUUUUUCUCAUGUUUAGCUGAGAGUUUUUUCAAAUUAAUCAAUUAGAAGUGCAUCAAUUGUCACUAGUGUACCAAUAAUUAGUACUUUAAUACAUAUUUUUAGGAAACUUCUUGGAAAUUAACAGGAAAUUACUUAUAAAUUACAGACGGGUAAGAUAAAGCGUCAUCAAAAUUUGUGGGAUUUUUUUGACAGCAGGUGGAGUCAUCUGUGAUUUUCACCUAAAGGUCCAGUGUGUAGGCUUUAUGGGCAUCUAUCUGCAGAAAUGAUGUACAAUACUAAUAAUUGUUUCAAUUAAUUUAUGAUCACCUGAAAAUAAGAACCAGCAGGGUUAUUUGUUACCUUAAAAUGAGCCGUUAAUAUCUACAAAUGGAAGCAUAUCCUCUUCCACUGAGUCCACCACAUUGUACUACAGUAGCCCAGAACAGACAAACAAAACUGGCGGGAGAAGUUUCAGUUCUGCAACUUCACCGCUAUAUGAGAGUAAAUCCUACACACUAAACCUCUAAAAAAA